UUGAUAUGUUCUAAUAUAAACGAGUGUGAAGAUGGGUCUAAUAAGUGCGAUAUUAACUCUUACUGCUUUGAUAACGAGGGUGGUUACCAAUGUGUUUGUAAAGACGGAUAUUUUGGGGAUGGAUUAACAUGUACAAGGAAAAGAGACGAAUGUAAAGAUGGGACCAAUACUUGUGAUGAGAAUGCUAAAUGUAUUGAUACCAAAGGUAGUUAUGUCUGCAUAUGUCUUCCCCGGUACACGGGAGAUGGCAGAUCAUGUGUUAGAAUAAAGCUAGAGAAUAAGAGGCACUCCAACUGUAGGACACGGUGUCAUGAAAAUGCCUCUUGUGAAAAUAUCAAUGGUCGAUAUUUUUGUAGAUGCAAACCUGGAUAUGUUGGCUUUGGUUGGAAAUGUAACAAAGAUAAAAAUAAGUGUAAAUAUGGCAGAAAAAGAUGUCAUAGAAACCCGAAAGUCAAACGAAGGCGACCAAAAAUAAAAUAAAUAUGCUGAAAAUUGAAUUUAAAAUGAAAAACAUGUG